AUGAGCAUCGGCUGCGCGGCCGACCGACCGCGCCUAAUCAUCCCGCCGAAGCGCAAAACUUCGGCGACGGAGGAGUCGUUUGAAAAAUGGCGCGAAGAAUUUGGGGCUGAUGAUGCACCAAGCGCCGCUUUGGAGCCGGCACUGCCGCUGAGUGCCGAAAUCACGCAAUGCCCAUACUGCCAAGAGCCUGUGGACAAUCCAUCGCGCAAAUUAAAGCGCAUGUUGCACUACUGGGAGCAGCGAUCAUGCUACGGGCAUGUAUUGCGUCCAACUGAUACGAUUGCAGUGUGCCAGCAGCACCGCGACGAGCGCUCCGUGCUUCCUGCGGGACAACAGCGCGGCUGGCCGUGUCACGUUGACUUCAAGGCAUUGCGGCGGCGAAUCACACACCCAAAAAAGCGGUACAUGCGCAUUUUGGAAGACUGUAUUAUUUGCCCAGAGCAAAGCAUCUACUUUCAAUCUGCAGCUCGACAGCACGCUGAGAAAGGGAAAAAAGUACUUGCGAGUGCCCACGAGCUCGAUAGACGCGAACUGUUUACGGAUAUUGUGCACACAGCGUACGUACAGGACCCGCUGCUCCCGUCGCUCGACUUGCGCAAUCCCAGUAUGCUGCAGAAAAUACAGCCGUUGGGUGCUUGUGAAUUUGUGGAUCACGUCCUUGUUCCUGAGCUUGCAUGCAUGCUAAUUCAAGACGAUAUGGGCGGCAAAGAAGCAGGUAUUGAGCUUGCGCAUGCGCGCCAAGUCCAGAACGAAAGCCACAAGUUUGGUGUCGCAAUGUAUCCCAGCGACGCUUGUGGGCCUGCACAAAACACACGACGGGCAUCCGGUAGCUGGGUGGGUGCAUCUCCGAAGCGUGCGCGGCAGCAUUCCAUGGACAAAAACGCGUACACACGCACACUUUACGUUCAACAGACGCUCGACGGGAUGCGUCGCUCGACGCGUAUCCAGCAAGUCGGUCAGCACAUCACUGUUGAAAGCGACUCGGAGGAGGAAAAAGGGAGUGCGGCAUCUCAGACAUGGCACCAACAACGUCUGCACCUACCGCGUCUGCAUGCAGCAUCCGAGCGACCAGCGCCUUUGCCAGGAAAACACAAUCAUGAUAUAUAG